GAUCGUGAUACCCACUUAGUUACAUCAGCGAUAUAUCCAUGGCCAACUCCAGGCAAAACAUUAGAAAGCUGGUGAAGGAUGGUUUCAUCAUCAAGAAGCCAACCAAGAUCCACUCUCGAUCUCGUGCGCGUAGAAUGAAGGAGGCCAAGAGAAAGGGUCGACACUCAGGAUAUGGUAAGCGAAAGGGUACAAGAGAGGCCAGGCUGCCAACAAAGAUCCUUUGGAUGAGGAGAAUGCGGGUGCUCAGGCGCUUGCUUCGCAAGUACAGAGAAAGCAAAAAAAUUGAUAGGCACAUGUAUCAUGACAUGUACAUGAAGGUGAAAGGUAAUGUCUUCAAGAACAAGCGUGUGCUGAUGGAGAGUAUCCACAAAUCGAAGGCUGAGAAGGCGAGAGAGAAGACUCUGUCAGACCAAUUUGACGCCAAGCAUGCUAAGAAUAAGGCAAGUAGGGAGAGAAAGCGAGUGGAUCUUGGUGACAUGUUAUUGAUUUUUCGCGUUAAUUACAAAGACAGAAAUUCCAGUGAAUUUGUUUUAUGGUUGUUUUACAUACAACUUAAUUAGCUACUUUUUUGUUUUGACAUUAAAGGGACUUGGGGCUGCACCAGCAUCUACACCUCAACAAGCUGAGUAGGAUAUGUGACACUCAUUAAAUUAAGCUUUUUAAUGACAAGUUUUGCUAAUUUUUUUU